AGGGAGGCAGACUGGAAGCAUCACGACGAGGAGGACUUACUGUUCCGUUCUAAAAUAUCAAAAUAUUACUUCUUUCCCAAGUCUCUGCCCUAUUUUUUAAAGCGACGAGAUGAAUAUUCACGAAAAGGCGUCGUGAAAGGAAACACGGUUAUAUGUUUGAAAAGUUUUAAUGAAGACCACAAAAGAAGUGAGUACAGGUGGAGUUUGUACCGUUAAGUAAAUGGCGACGGGUGGAAAGUUAGUCGUGUCCGACUGAUACCGUCGGGAGUAUUAUACCGUGAAUAUGUCGUUGGUGGGUUUUGGCGUAGCCGAGCCGUCGCUACCUGCGCUAGGUUGGGGGUUGGGAUGUUCGGUCGUCGUCCACAGUGGAACCGUUGAGUAACAUUGUGGUGUUACUUGGCUAAUGUGUUUGCUGCCACAGCUGAGUUAGCAAGCCUCGUUAUUUGACGUCGUCAGAGACUGAAAUGCUCCUUCGACCCAACUAUGGUUCAGGUGGUGGAAUUUACGAGCAGCCAGCUUGCUAGUUAAAUCGACAAAUCGAUUACUCGCUAGCAAGCAGACUGACAGCACCGUUUACCGUACGGCACCGGUCCUGGAAGCUGUCUUUGUGUAGCCACUCGGAGGUUCGGCUGCGACUGAUGGAAGCGUACAGUGGCAUGCUAACAAAGCAGCGCUUUGUUGUUGGAUAGGGGGCAGCUGGCACCAACAGUCAGGCUUCACAGCUGACAUCGCUGCUUAGCUAAUACAACAGGACAGUGAAAUCCUCCUCACCCAGGUCCACCCUGUGCUGCUGUCAAGCCUAGGAGUAACAGAGAGAGUAGGACACAGAAGCUUGAGAGAGAUCCCUGAUGACCCUGGACAACAUGAAGCCGGAGCGAGAUGCAUCGGAGGAGUUUUUUGAGUAUGAUGCAGAGGAGUUCCUGGUGUUCCUGACCCUGCUCAUCACAGAGGGAAGGACACCAGAAUAUUCUGUGAAGGGCAGAACCGAGGGGUUACAUUGUCCGCCAGCCCAGUCGGCCAUGCCACCUCUUCACAAGCAUGAGUGCAGCGACAAACUACCCCAGUGUCGACAGGCCAGGCGAACUCGUUCAGAGGUUGUCCUCCUUUGGAAGAACAGCAUCCCCAUCAUGAUUGAGGUUAUGCUCCUGCCAGACUGUUGCUAUGGUGAUGAGUGCCCCCCAAGUGACCCCAUCAGUGACCCGGUCAUCAAACAAGAUGCUCUGCUGUUGGAGAGGUGGACCCUGCAGCCUGUUCCAAGACAAAGUGGGGACCGAUUCAUUGAGGAGAAGACAUUGCUGUUGGCUAUUCGUUCCUAUGUUUUCUUCUCACAGCUCAGUGCCUGGCUCAGUGCCUCCCAUGGCAUUGUACCCAGAAACAUCCUGUACAGGAUCAGUGCUGCUGAUGAGGAAUUGGUGUGGCAGUUUUCUCAGCCUCCUUCAGAACAUAUAUUCCCAGUUCCCAAUGUAUCACAGAGUGUUGCACUGCAGGUUCAAGUCCAGUCACUCCCACGGCAGCCCACCUACCCCACUCUGGCAUGCAGCAUCCAUACUGGCCUCCCACCGCUAUACACAAAGACCGUUAACCUCAGCCCAAACUUAAACAGCCAUGGUGGCCUGCCCACCCUGAAGAAGAGCCAGGACCCCAACAAAGACAACCUACUGCCAUUCUACAGUAAAAACUCCAAUUCCAUGUCUGGCCUUCUGUUGAAUGGGUUGCCAAUCCCUAAUCUUCCAAUAAACAAUAUUCCUAUUAAUAGCCUUCCCAACACUGUUGUGCCACCUCCGUUUGGCAAGAAGAGUCAGGAGCUAGCUGACAAUCAUGGUCACAUGUACCAGAAUGGAGAGCUUCCAAAGGUCAAUAAUUCCCAUCGUCAGGGCUCCCCGCUUUUCCACAGGUCCAACCACUCCCCCACACCCUCCCGCUCAAACUCCCCCUCUCCUCUACCUACAAGUAAGACUGGCAAGUGGCUGUACUCGGCCAUCAAUGGGUCACCUGACUCUGUACGGGUUGAAGACUACAAGUGUAGCACCAACACCAGUGAGAGGACAAAGGGACCCAUCACAGACCAGCUGAGGGCCUUCAAGAAUUUCUCUGUGGCUGAUCCACCUCGCUGUUCCUCCCCCAGGCCAAGUUCAACAGAAACAAACCCCCUGAUUGGUUCUCUACUGCAGGAGAGACAGGAAGUUAUUGCCCGCAUUGCACAGAGGCUCAACUUCUGUGAUCCAACAGCACCACCUCUCCCACCUGGCCUGUUUGCUCCUGAAAACCCCCCUAAAGCCAUGUGGGGCAGUAACCAUGAUGACGUAAAUAUCAGUAAGACCAAAGAGGCAGAAAUACCACUGUAUGAUUCUGUAGAUCGUGUGGGGUCUACCCCCUUCAACACACCUGUGACUGAGACUUCUUUCAGCAAAAGGGAGAGCUCAUCCCCUAAGCCCACAGCCUGCAGGAAGCUGACUCUGAAUGAGAUGAGAGACAGAGAAGAAGAUAGACAUGAAGAGAUGGACAGAAGCAGGCAGAUGGAGAAAGAAAAAGAGAGGGAGAAAGACAACUCCCUUCUUGCCCAGGCAGUACAAGACAUUACUCGACUGAUUCAGGAAAGACUGUCUGUCCCCCCACUGUCUCCUCGGCACAGCAGAAGCAGCAGUGCCUUGCACCAAACGCACACUACCACAGUCACGCACACGGUCCGCACAUACUCUCACACCACGCACAUCUCACAAACAUCACACACUGCCUCCAAUGGCUACACGAAUGGCCAUGUACCCAGCAAUGAACCUCAUCGAGGCAUGCACACCGCUGCCACACAAAUGCCAGUUUGCACAGACCGGCCCCGAGUUGACCUGGGGCCUGAAUGUCAUCCUCCUCCCCGGGCCCAAAAUGGUGCUCACUUUACACUUGAAUACUCCUCAUUCAAAGGCCAGCCCCACACCCAGGCUGGCCAGUGUUUACGAACUCUAACGCUGGACAAGUGCAGAAUCCAGUCACCCAGCAGCCACGAAACCCCUCCUACAACCCCGGUCCUUGAGAACAGCCCCAAGAAUUCUCAUAUCUGCAGUAGGACUAGUAGCCCCACCCGGGACAGUAACGUACAUUACAGACAUGGCAAACGUCAGCAUCAGCUUCAGUCCCAGGUUCAGAUACAGACCUGUGCACCGGCACAGUCCACAUCCACACAGGAUGAGAACCAGGCACCACAGGGUUCUAGCAACUCCAGUACCCCUAGUCCAGACAUGAUACCCCCUGCUACUGCACUGCGAGAUCAGAGUUCUUCACCCCUGCGUCCUUGCAACAGCUGGAAAAAACAAAAUCGCUACUCUUUCGACGCUACAGCAACCAAGGCCUUCCACCCGUGUACUGGCCUGCCUCUGCUCUCGAGCCCUGUUCCUCAGAGGAAAAAUCAGACGGGGUUCUUUGACCUGGACACCUCUUUGACUGGCUGUAAGGGUUUGCCUUGGGCCUCAGGGAAAAGGGUGUGUCCGAAGAGAGAUGGAAACACGGAUGAGUUGCAAGAGCUGUUCAGUGCCAGUGCACCACCCGCCAGUCUCAGUCUGCUGGGAAAUUUUGAGGAGUGUGUGCUGAACUACCGACUGGAGCCUCUAGGGACAGUGGAGGGUUUCACAGCAGAGGUCGGAGCCAGUGGAUCCUUCUGUCCGAGUCACCUCACCUUACCUGUUGAUGUGUCCUUCUACAGCAUCUCAGAUGACAACGCUCCAUCACCGUACAUGGGUGUUAUAAACCUGGAAUCUCUGGGGAAGAGAGGCUACCGCGUACCUCCAUCAGGAACCAUUCAAGUGACCUUAUUCAACCCUAACAAGACUGUGGUGAAGAUGUUUGUUGUGAUGUAUGACCUACGAGCCAUGCCAGCUGGCCACCAGACGUUUUUACGUCAGAGGACCUUCUCCGUUCCCGUCCGCCGUGACACAAACAGUCAGACCAACAGGAAGCCCCUCACCUUGGGCCAGGGGCGCACCUUGCGCUACCUUGUUCAUCUGAGGUUCCAGAGCUCUAAAUCUGGGAAGAUCUACCUCCAUCGGGAUAUCCGUUUGCUUUUUUCCAGGAAGUCCAUGGAGGUGGACAGUGGUGCUGCCUAUGAGCUCCAGUCCUUCACAGAGUCCCCUGUUGACCCUCCAUUCUCUCCCCGCUGCUGAGGCCCGACACCCUCCCUUACCCAGCAGCCCACUACUGAAGCUAAAACCACACACCAAUGCCAGCGAUGGACUGUCUGUGGCUUCUGUUCAAGUGGGAGGAAAAAUGGCUUUAAGGACAAGCAGGCAGCAAGACUCUCCUGCCCUGUACUCCAAAAAUUUGACUUUAUUCUGUCACCCAAAAUAAAGGAUGGACUAAAAGUCUGUCAGAAGUCAUAAAUGGAAUCUUUGUAUGACUGUGUAUCCAAGAGAUUUGGUCAGAGUUGAAGGAUUCCGUUCAUGCAGUUCAUGAUCAAGAAAGACUUAAAGAUUUGAUGACUAACCCCCGCCCCAAACCCCCCUUCCGAUCUUCAUUGCUGUUGUGUGUGUUUUAUUUUAGAUUUGUUUCAUUUUUUCCCUGUUCCAGAACUUCCAGGCAGGAGAGUAGGGAACAGCAAUGUUCUCGUGAAUCAGGUACAGAUUAAAUUCAUUGAUCGGACUGGGUUAGUUCACUCUAAAUCAAAAUAUGAGAUGGGCAUCUAAUUGUCUUAAUGAGAAUUUGUAACAUUUCAAAUUUAUGCAAGCAAUACAAGGCUGUUUUAGUGUAAAACACUUUUAGUUUUUUUUUUUGGGUGGGGGGGGGGUGUAGAAUGAGCAGUAAGCAUUGGACUGAGAGUGAAGUAAACUUUAACCCUGUGAUUUCUGAGAUGGGAACAGGUGUGAAUAUGGAAGCUCACUGGGUGAGAGACUGUUACAGCACCAUCCUC